AUGGCUUCAAAAGACAUCGUGGUCGCCUUCGACGCAUACGGCACCCUCCUCUCCACCGAGUCCAUCGCCGCGAAGCUAGCCGAGCACUUCGGACAAGAGAAAGCGCAGGCCAUAGCAGCGAAAUGGCGACUCUACCAGCUAGAGUAUACAUGGCGGCUCAACAGCAUGAACCAAUAUGAGCCCUUCUCGACCCUCACCCUCCGCUCCCUCCAUCACGCCUUGAAGGAAGCCGGCGAAUCUUUAGAACAGCCCGAUAUUGACGCCCUAAUGUCCGCCUACGACUCCCUCUCCACCUUCCCCGACGUCGGCCCCGCGCUGCAAGACCUCGCCUCGACGCCGGGCAUCCGCGCCGUGGUGUUUUCCAACGGCACAAAAUCCAUGAUCUCGAACUCUGUCAACAAAUCUCCGGAUCUAGCGCCCCAUGCCAAGGUCUUCGAGCACCUGGUCGUUGUCGAGGAGGUGCGGAAGUUCAAGCCCGCGCCCGAGGUGUACGAGCACCUUGCGAGGACUGUGGGUAAGAGUAAGGAGGAAAUGGGCGAGAUGUGGUUGGUGAGCGGGAACCCGUUUGAUGUUUGUGGGGCGAGGGCUAUGGGGAUGCAGGCGGCAUGGGUGGAUCGGGCGGGGAAUGGUUGGCAGGAUCGGUUGGUGGAGGGGGAGAAGGGGAGGCCGACGGUUGUGGUUAGGGGUUUGGGGGAGGUAGUGGAGGCGGUUAGGAAGCAUGCCGGGAAGUAG